UGUGGAUUAGGGUUCACUCCACCUCCACCUCCACCUACAGCUACAGAGGAGGAUAAAGUCGUGUCGUGCUUCUCUGUCAUUUCCACCAAACCAUUUAGUGUACGGAAACGUUUCUUCUCCGAUCGGUCAAAUACAAACAACAAUUUCGAAAUUAAUAAUCCUCUGUUUCAUUCCCUCUGCUUCAUCAUUUUUACAACUUCAAUUUCAUUUCUUAGAUAAAAAUCUCACCUUUAACUUAUGGGAAAGCCAACGGCAAAGAAGAAGAAUCCAGAGACGCCAAAAGAUGCUUCCGGCGGCGGCGGAGGCAAGUCUGGGAAGACUUACCAUCGUUCUACUUCGAGGGCUUUUGACGAAGAUAUGGAGAUUUUCAUUAGCAGAGCACUUGAGCUCAAAGAAGAAGGUAACAAGCUGUUCCAGAAACGCGACCACGAAGGAGCCAUGUUGAGUUUCGACAAAGCCUUGAAGCUCUUGCCUAAAGAACAUAUCGAUGUAGCUUAUCUGAGAACCAGCAUGGCUUCUUGUUAUAUGCAAAUGGGAUUAGGUGAGUAUCCGAAUGCGAUUAGCGAAUGUAAUUUGGCUUUGGAAGCUUCUCCUAGGUACAGUAAGGCUUUACUUAGGCGUUCUCGGUGUUACGAGGCUUUGAAUAAGUUGGAUUACGCGUUUAGGGAUGCUCGUAUUGUUUUGAAUAUGGAGCCGGAAAACGUGUCUGCAAAUGAAAUCUUUGAUAGGGUGAAGAAGGUUUUGGUGGAUAAAGGUGUUGAUGUUGAUGAAAUGGAGAAGAGCUUUGUUGAUGUUCAGCCUGUUGGCGCUGCUCGUUUGAAGAAGAUUGUUAAGGAGAGGUUGAGGAAUCAGAAGAAGAAGAAGAAGAGUGGUGGGAAGGAUGAGGAACUGAAGAUCAACAGAGGUGUGGUUGAUAGUCCAAAGCUUGUUGACAUGGUUGAGAGUCCAAAACUUGUUGACAAGGCAAACGAAGCUGAGAGCAGAAAUAAGCCAAAGGAGGAAAAGAGCGAUAAGUUAGAUAUUGAUGGAAAGACUGGUGGCAAUAGAGAAGAUAAGAAAACAAGUUUCAAGGGUGAUAAAGGACAGAAAAAGAAAAGUGGUGGUAAUAAGGCUAGAGAAGAGAGGAAGCUGGAGGAUAAGGUUGUUGUCAUGGACAAAGAGGUCAUUGCCACUGAGAUUGUUGAAGGCGGAGGAAACAAAAAAGAAGAGGCAACGGUUACUAGGACUGUCAAGCUGGUACAUGGAGAUGAUAUAAGGUGGGCACAACUGCCGCUGGAUUCUAGUGUUAGACUUGUAAGAGACGUAAUCAGGGAUCGCUUUCCUGCUCUUAGGGGUUUCCUCAUUAAAUAUAGGGAUACAGAAGGUGAUUUGGUAACCAUUACCACAACAGAUGAGCUGAGACUAGCUGCUUCUACUCAUGAUAAACUUGGCUCCCUUAGAUUAUAUAUAGCAGAAGUUAACCCCGACCAAGAACCAACCUAUGACGUCAUGAACAAUAGUGAAUCAACUGACAAGGUUUCCAAGAGGUUGAGCAGCUUUGCGGACAAUGGAAGUGUCGGAGAAUACAUGGGGUCUGACAAAGCAUCUAUGUGCUUUGAGAACUGGAUUUACCAGUUUGCGCAGUUGUUCAAGAACCAUGUUGGGUUUGAUUCUGAUUCGUACUUGGACCUUCAUAACCUUGGGAUGAAGCUGUAUACGGACGCAAUGGAGGAUGCUGUCACUGGUGAAGAUGCACAAGGACUCUUUGAAAUCGCUGCUGAAAAGUUCCAAGAAAUGGGUGCACUAGCUUUGUUUAACUGGGGUAACGUUCACAUGUCAAAGGCAAGGAAGCAGGUCUGUUUUCCUGAGGAUGCCUCGAGAGAAGCUAUAAUAGAAGCAGUUGAGGCUGCAUUUGUGUGGACAAAGAAGGAGUACAACAAAGCUGCAGAGAAAUAUGAAGAAGCGGUUAAGGUUAAACCUGAUUUUUACGAAGCUCUUCUAGCACUUGGGCAAGAGCAGUUUGAGCAGGCAAAGCUUUGCUGGUAUCAUGCACUCAAAAGCAAGGUAGACUUAGAAAGUGAGGCCUCCCAGGAGGUCCUGACGCUCUAUAACAAAGCUGAAGAUAGUAUGGAGAGGGGUAUGCAGAUUUGGGAAGAAAUGGAAGAACGUCGUCUAAAUGGAAUCUCCAAGUUAGAUAAACAUAAAAACAUGUUGCAGAAGAUGGAGUUAGAUGAAUUAUUUAGCGAAGCUUCAGAAGAAGAAUCUGUGGAGCAGGCAGCUAAUAUGAGUUCUCAGAUUAACCUCUUGUGGGGUUCGCUGCUAUAUGAACGCUCUAUUGUGGAGUACAAGCUCGGAUUACCAACUUGGGAUGAAUGUUUGGAGGUUGCAGUGGAGAAAUUUGAACUAGCUGGAGCUUCUGCAACUGAUAUAGCUGUGAUGAUUAAGAAUCAUUGUUCAAGCGAGGGUGCACUUGAAGGUAUGGGGUUCAAGAUUGAUGAAAUAGUACAGGCAUGGAAUGAGAUGUAUGAUGCCAAGAGAUGGCAGAUGGGUGUUCCAUCUUUCCGGCUAGAACCAAUGUUCCGGAGACGUGCCCCAAAACUGCAUGAUAUCUUAGAGAAUGUAUUUUCAGGGCCUGCUUGACCAAAAUAUUCUUCUCAUAUACACAUAAAAAUAUCAGAUGCCAUCAGAUUUUGUGUAUCACUAGGCAUUUUGUUUGUUUGGGAGUGGGGUGUGCAUUCUUUUCUCCUCUCUAUUGGUAUGGUUUUGUCAUUUUUCCAAAGGAACAUUUUUUUUGGGAUUUCCACGGGGAUAUAUAUACUCUUGGCUCUGCGGUUUUGAUGCAGUGGCUGAGACUGAUUGGGAUUCAGUCCAGAGAAGAAGGUUUAGAUGGGCUAAUCCUCUUCUCUUCAAAUUGAUUCAAAAUAUUGGUCAUUUGUUCUUCUUUGUUUUGUUUUAUACCAUAGCCUUGUAUUUUUUGUUAUUUAUUGUUGUUAAAUUGGAUUAGUUUAUAUUUAAUUUGUGAUUGUUGUGUGAAUAUCUGCGUCGCUUGAAAGAUUCAGACUUCAUUGUGAUU